GCUCGGAGCUGCCACUGUGACAAAAACCAUCACAGCCGAAACGAAAAUACCGAAGAGGAGUUCUACCAAUAUACACAAGGCACAAAAUAACGUUUUAUAUCCAUAUGACGAAAAUUGGAUUAAAAAAGAGGAAGAUCCUACUACCACAAGUGUGAGGCAAAGACUAGUCAUCUUAGUCCAGAAGAUCCUACUACCACAAGUGUGA